UAUCAGAGUAUACAGAUGUUCGAUGUAUUUAAAAAAAAAUUACCUUAUCUUUAUCCUAUUUCAGACUACAAUUCUACAAGAAUAUAAAUAUAAGACUUAUUAUCUGCCCUCCACCAUUAUUUUAUAAAUUUUUGAAUUUGUAUAAGUAAUUUGUUUUCAGUCCUUUAAAGCCUUACUGGGCUUGGCAUGUUGGAGUGAAUUUUGUUGUCAUUAUACGACUUUGCAGAAAAUGUAAUGAUAUCCAUUUAAAAAAAUUUUAUUAAGGAAGUACCGUACUAUGACAGGCUGUCAUUUUCAAGUUACUUAUGCCAGUAUGCUAGGUUUAUUACACCUCUAGCACACAGUUUAUCGAUAUUCGAGCUGUCGGUUGAAUGUUUGGGUCCGGUAUAGUUUAUACCACAUGCACUUCUAGUUGGCCUGGCUCGACAAUUAUUGCAUAUGUCAAUCCUAACCCCUACCUGACUACGUCACCAAAAUAUUACGUCACUACGACGCCACAGUAACGUAAUAAAUACCUCCAAAGUGUACAUAUGGUCGUCCAACAUGCGCAGAUGAAAUCGAGCAAGCUAUUUCUCUCGUUUUCUCGUUGCAACGAACCCGAUACGAGAGAAGGCUGACGUUAGUGAGUUCGGUAUAGUCUGCGCAGAUGCCAUUUCGGACGAUGGUAGCUAUACUUGGCAAGCUCUAUGACGUGAUUGUGAAGUCGUAGUGACAUAAUUUUUGGAUGACAUAGUCAAGUGGGAGCUAGGAAUAACAUGUACAAAAAAACCGAAAGUACUUGUGGUACUGAACUAUACUAGACCCGAAUGUUUAUCCUCACUUCAAACUUUAUUCCAAGCUGACUUGUUUAUCUAUAAGCUAUACUAUAGCUCUGUUAUUGUCGAAUGAUGACUGAAAACUCACCCCAAAUUAUAAUUGGGAAUAAUAUUGUCACAGACAGUGGGAGAAGUCGACGACUCAGAAGAAGAAAUAUGAGGAGAAGUUCUGCUGACAUAAUCGUUCUAGAUAGUCCAUCAAGUCCAACCACAACAAAUAGUUCUGUAAUACCGAGACGUCGUAGAAGAAUGCUUCCAGAGUUGAACACCGACGCAGAUACUAGCAUUGUUGAUUUGACCUGUUCUCCAGAUGCUAUUGUUGAUCUAACCUCACCAGAUUUUAACACAGCAACAAGAGAGCCUGCGCCAGUAACAUUUGAAAUCAGUGAUGGAGAGGAGGAACUAAAUGAAUCUGUCGAAAGUCCAACUCCCACACAACCUGCGCUGUCGUGUCCUGUUUGUUUAGAAAGGUUCUCUAAGAUUGUUCGAAAUGGAGGUCAAGUAAAAUCGACAAUAUGUGGUCAUAUAUUUUGUAACGUUUGCAUAGCAACUGCAAUACAUCAUAAUAAAAAAUGCCCAACUUGCCGAAAGAAAUUGGAUUCUAGGAAAGUACAUACUCUAUACUUGCCUGUUUGAAAAAAACUUGUUCUUGCUGAAUUGACUCAAAGUCAUAAAAAGCUAGUUUCUUGUUUGAAAUGCACUUUUUUCUCACAUUCCUUCCUUGUGUAAGUUUUUUGUGUUUCCUAUCAUUGCAUAUUUAGACUAAAAGCUGCAUUUUUUCAAAAUGGCGACUUUUAGCAAGCGCAGGGUAAAGUUGAAGUUUUUCUGCCUUUGACAAAAUGUGAUUUUUCCACUCUAAAGGCUCCAAAAUAUAUCUUGUGUUGUGAUCACUGCCUAUCAUAUGUUGGGCAUCCAUCUGCUCAUUUAGUGUCAUGGUUGUUAUUACUAAUUUAAACACAUUCAAAAUUGGAUCUUGUAUGAAACGUCCAUAUUUUUUUUCCGAAAUUCAGAAAAAAUAUUUUCAAAUAUAAAAUAUACUUUGAAUGGGGCUCUUUCAACAACAACAUACACAAUUCAUUGUAUAUUUACAAAGAUUGAUGUUUAUACCACUGAAAUUUUAACACCAGACGUUAUUAAGAUUGGUUUACUGUUUGUUUACAGUUGUCAGAAUUAAGGCAAAGCAGUUAUUCGUGGAAUAUUUAGUUAGAUGUCAGAAUAACAAUUCACUAGUGAUAACUUUAAAAUCAAGGUCCACUAUAUCGAAUAUAAUGUAUUUUUAUUAUUCGAUUCAUUUUGAACAUCUAUUCUUCAAUUACUGAAUAUUUUCAUUUUCAUGUUUCAAGUAAAUAAUUCUCAAUUGGAUUUUGGCACAGUCUUGUUAUACAUGUUUUGUAGCGUUAUGCUAUGAAGGAUGUUCCCUGUUGGUUGAUUACUGUAAUUAUUGGUAUUGCAUCUCGUAACAGUGUUUGUUAUGGUUCAUUUGUCUUCACCACAUGAAUGUGUGUAUGAUGCACGCAAAUUCUCACAGUAGCAAUUCCUAUUUAAACUUUGCCAAAUAAAACCCUUUCAUUGAUAACACUGCAUAAAGGGUCUUUUUGAAUGAUCUCUGCUAGGCAGAAAUGUAUAAAACCUGUGAAUUCUUUAUUGUCGCUUGUUAUAUUCUAUUCAAAUUUCUUUGUUGUAAGUUGAACAAAACCAUUGAAACUAUAGGACUGGCAUAUUUUUCAAUGAACAAGUUGCAUGACUGCCUUUCACUCUCAAGCUUUCGGACACAUUGUGAAACUUGUUUUUGUGCGUAUACUUAUAUUACUGGCGAAAUUGUCUUAGCAACUAUUCAUUUCUGAGAUGGCAGGUGAUAUGAGCUGCUGUGCUGCUCUUUUACUAUGAAAUUUUUUUCUGUGUCACAAUAAAAAACCUCACGGAUUGGCUGGUAAAUCCAUAUAAA